AUGGACGUAGCUGACUUGACUGGAGAAGGCUCGACGUUGCUCGGCGCGCGAGCUCGGUUUCUGUGUGGAGCAGUAGAUCACAUGACGUUCAAGCCUGGUGCAGGCGGCUGGACUGCAGCAUUGGAGAACGUGGCGGGGAGUGUGCUGCGGGAAGCACCUCGGCAUCCUGUCUUCGAUGUGCCGGAAAAUACUGGGACAGAGAGUGUCGAGCAUCUGCGUCCGUGUCUGGACUUGGCCAACAUCAACAAGUGCGACCGCGAUGCUCUUCUUCGUUUCGAAGCAGAAGGUCAUCGCUAUUUCUACAAAGAUGUUUCAGUCAGUUGCAGCGUUACGACGCUGAUACAUCAAUACGCUGAGGAGUUCGACCCGGCCGUGGCCUUGCAGAAAAUGAAGAAUGGCAGACGAUGGCCUCGUCCGGAAUAUAUGGAUCCUGAAGCCAAUCUCGUUGCCAUAUCCAAGAUGUUAGCUGGUUUGGACUUUCGGCUUCAAGCAGACAUCGUUGCUUUGCUGACGGAGGUGAACCCAGAUCGCAGCAAGAUCUGCGAACUAGUUGCCGAGUCCAAGAGCGAUAUGGAGGAAUGGGAAGAGUUUACUGCACAAUUGAUGCUUCACGACAACGAGAUCCUGGACUUGUGGGACAGGAGAAGGAACGAAGCUGCCAAUUCAGGUACUUGGAUGCACGCCAUGCUGGAGCGUUUGUUGAAUGGUUACAUGAUCCGAGCGAACCGCAUGCAGGGAGAGCUGAACGCUGCAAUUUGCAUUCUAUCUCAAAUGGAGUCCGUAGAAGUGUACCGCACCGAGUGGUGUAUUUAUGCAGUGGACGAGGACGUGGCGGGCUCUAUCGACCUCGUUCUCAAAGAAAAGGAUGAGGACAUCUACUACCUCGUGGACUGGAAACGAAGCGAAAAGCUUCGGGACAAUUACAACAGCUUUGGCAGAGCUAUUAAGCCACCGCUCCACGAGGUUCCGGACUGCCAAGGAUAUCACUAUCGACUGCAGCUUAAUAUAUACAAAUGGAUUCUGGAAAAAUAUUACGGAAUCAAGGUGCGCGACAUGAAGGUCAUCUGCAUCCACCCCCGCUAUCUGCCAGAUGGAUUUGUGGACGAUGUGCCAGAUAUGCAAGCUGAGGUGUCCCAGCUAAUGCAGAGUCGCCGGGACUCCUUGCUGGCUCAUAACAUGCAGCACGAAAUGGAACUGAAUUCAGUGGAUGUGGGACCGGGAGAUGCCACAGACUCUGCGCCAGCCGUUCGGCCAAGUCAAGAAGCUCGACAGAACAUGGAGCAGCAGCCAUCUUUGUCACUGCCUGGAGCCUCGCAGGCUGCACGCUUGGACACUCAGGACGAUUUGGAGAAAGACUUAGAGAACCUUAUGAUGGAGAAUCUCUCAGACGACGAGCCUCAUGCCUCCAAGAAGCGUCGACUCUUGCCCGGUGCCGCCGAGCACUCGGUGAACUGCAAAAAAAUGUUCGCCAGGUGCCAUGAAAUUUUAGCCGACGCCCUGGACUCGUAUUCAGCAGAUGUGUGUGUCAAGCGACACACGAUCCUGGGAAACACCAGAGCCAUGCUGUCGGAGCUUCGUCGCGAGUUCCCGAACUUAUCCGCGCAAGUCUGUCGAUUGAUCCUCGUAGCAGCACAUCUGGCCGAGGGCAAAGUGUCGGACAAGCCAAUGCUGCCAGACUCAGCUGCUCUUACAUGGAUGGUGGAGGGAGAUCGGCACCUGAGGGUUCACAAAGGCUUUCUUUACAUCUACGAUGAUGAUGGAUGUUUUCUUCCCUUCACCGGAAUUCCACCGGAGUCAGUGCUGCAGCGAGUUUACAGUUUCUUCGCAUGCCUGGAGGGUCUGUUCCGACGCAUGAGGCCAGAGACCUCUCGAAAAGGUGACUCAGUGGCCAGGGCCAUAACAGCAGAUCUACAAUCCUUCGAGAAUGAAGAUGAAUUCCUACAGGCAUGCAGAGAUGCUACAAACCUCCGACAAAAAACAGCGGCUUAUCCUCCCAGGCUGGACGCCGACGAAACUCUGGAGCAGCACCAGGACGACAAGGCCGCACCGCAGCACGAUUCAGCAGAUGAGCUUUGGACCAUGGAGAUGGCAGAAAAAGCGUGGAAGUUGUCUUGCAACAUAAGACAGGAACUCAUGCAUACUCGGAUGAUUUCUCUUCUGGUUGAAUGGUGCGAAACAGAAGAUCAGAGAUCCACCGCCAUCUGUUAUGAUGACGUUUGUUUCAUGUACGAUCGGCCCGGUUCUCCACAUCCCAUAGAUGCAGUGAAGAAAGGUCCACACAACAACUGUUAUGUGAGAGUUCCUCAUCCUUUACUGGACCCAGACAUGGAAGCCAACCAGGAGCGUUUGCAACUCUUCUACGAGCAGACCUUCUGGUGUAAUUUGGAUGUAUUUAAGUGUUUCCAAGCAGCUGCAGCCAUUGCCAAGCGUGGGUACAAUGUCGGCAGAUGCUUUAUAGGCAUAUCGCCUGGAGGAGUGGGACAAAGCCUGUACUCGCUGCAUCUAUCCGAAAUGUACAAACAGAACCAUGCAUUUUUUGAUCCGAACAUAUGGCACCUGGACGAGGAGCUGCGGAAGCAGGUUGAGUCUUUCGCGCGAUGUUUCAUAUUAACAGGACAAGAAGCCCCCGAAACAAGCAAAAAGAUGCAUAUAGAUCUCUACAAAAAAACUAUUUCGGGAGAUGGCAUCAUGGGGCGCAAACCGUACAGAUACAGUACCAGCAUGUUCCGGAUGAUCGGAUGGACAAGGCUGGAAAUGAAUCGAAUUAUGCAAUUGGACACAUCUACGGUCGUCUGCUAUUGGAAGCGCGACCCGCAGGACAAGUUAGAUGGCAAGUUUGCUGCACUGCUGGACAUGGUGGCCGGUACUGCAUCUGAGGAGUCGGAAUCACUUGAAGACGACGGCCCGUCUGGAAUGCCCAGCAAAUUUUCCUUUGACGAAGACGAUAAUGCCUUUGUAUCCGAUGGAAUCCUGACCAUGCUCCGCCAGGAAACCAAAGAAGUUUUAGAGGAUCCCCGCAAGAUGUCCAGUAGAGUUGAUGGUCGACGACUGUGUCCGUUGUGUCCUUUCAGAUCGUUUGCACAGCUACGCCAACUACGCACGCACUUGGAGAAGCAUCAUGUGGAAUCCAACCAGUAUGUUUGCUCUGGUACUAAACAGAUCAAAGUCAUUUUGGCGUUGUACGACCACGCGGCUUCGUCACAGUUGGCAGCAUGUGAGCUUUUGCAGAGGAGUGCUGCGCUGAUGCGGAGUACUGUAACUCCACCGCUGAACCACCGCAUCAAUCAUGUCGACAAGCAUAUACGAUUGGUUCUCGAUGCAGCUGGCCCUCGUUAUGUCAACCUGUUGACUUUGAGAAACGAUAUGGAGCUAAGACGUGUCAGGAACAUCUACUAUACACAUUCCUAUGCAGAUUUGCUUCUUCGAGAAGCAGUGCUGAAUCAUGCACAGGCGGGCGGUCUCGACCGUUUUGUGAGCCUAGGCGACGUAAGCAAGCGUGCCAACGAUGAGUGGCACUACGUGAGCAUGGAUGCAACCAUCAAGGUCUGCUUGAAACUCCUGGGACAAGAGUCCUAUCGAGCCUCGAAAGCCAGACGAGAUGCUGCGCCCUUCGGAGACGACACCGCCUGGCGGCGGAUUCUGACAGUCAGAGGUCGCACUGGUGCUGUCCUACUUCUACAACCUCUUCAGAAUGAGUCGUCCGAGCAGCUGGUUGACGUCCUGAAAGACAACUUUACUGUCGAUCAGCUUGGCCGGAUCGUCCAUGUCGCAACCGACAGUCCUUCUGAAAAGCUGUACACCCACUUAAAAGUUAUUUGUCCCAGGCUCGCCUGUCUCAUGUUGGAUCCAAUCCAUUUCGCGAUCGUGUACGAGUACGGUUUCUGGAAUAAAAGAAGUGCAGGCUCGAAGCAGCUGCGUCGCAUCCUCACCAAGUGUGUCAACGUCGACAUGGAGCUGGAAGAUUACGAAUGGAGUUCGUACUAUGACGGCACCAUGUCCAGACCGUUGAACCGAGAAGAGGAGAAGUAUCGAGCUAUGAUUCUGAAUCUUUCGAUGCCUCGCCGCACUGCCAACAACGUCUUGGACAGUCUCAGAACGGACCUGCCGUUCUACUCUCGAUUGGAGCUCAUCAAGUGUAUUGCUGCUUUAUGUCAACGAUAUCGGACUGAAGUCGAACGAAAAGCAGCGGGACCAAACAAGGAGAUCUACAAGAUUCUAUGGUCCUCCUGCGCUCCGGACAGGCUCGAGUGGUUGAUGAAUAAUGUCCGCGCUCGACAACGCAUCAGGAGAUCCUACGUGAAGUUUCUGCCGAGGGGAACUUCGAGCAAUGAAGCUCUACACGCAGAGCUCAAUUCCUGGUCCCGCAGCACCAACACAAUGCAUCGGUCCACUUUAGCCCUGCGAUUGCGCUUCUACCAUUACAUAAAAAUGCUGCAGCAUCACUUGUCGACGGUGCAUCCCAUGACCCACACAGUCAGUGCCAGCAUGUUGUUGGGCAGAUCUCUUCAUGAAUCCUUAUGGACACCACAUGACUGGGCGACUUGGUGUGCUGAACAGCAAACAGAUGGCUUUCAGUCGAAGGCUUCUCUUCCUCUAACGAAUGCGAGAAAACAUGAAGCUGCACGAGUGCGGCAGUGGGUCAUGAAGAAGCCCUCGGCUUCCAAGCGGACUAGUCCCAUGAAGAAGCGGCAUGUCACGCCGCUAUCAGUGCGGCGAAUGCACACGCUGCGUAGUUCUGGCGUGAAAUUACACUAA